AUGGCUGAAAAGGUGGCUAAGAAGACUUUGUUCAUCGACCUGUGCAAGGAAUUCGAAAAAAUCUCAAAUACCACAAAAAGGCUGGAAAUCCAGGACAUUUUGUCUUCCUUCUUCAAAAAGGUCAUUUCAGAGGAUUCCCAGAGCCUCUCAAGUGUACUUUAUUUGUGCCAUGCUUCAAUAUAUCCAGACUACCACAAUACAGAACUGGGAAUUGGAGAGCACAUGAUCCAGAUGGUAGUUGCCGAGGGAACUGGCCUCACUGUAAAGACAAUAAAGCAACGAUACAUAAAGACUGGGGACCUGGGAGAAAUAGCAAUGGAAAGUAGAGUAAAUCAGCUUUUUAUUUCAAAACGACAGCUAACAGUCGUGGAGGUGGUUGAUCAGCUGAGAAGAAUUUCAAGGGAGACAGGAAGGAACUCUAUGAAUAGCAAGAAGAACAUUAUGCUGUCACUGAUAAGUGCAAGCUCACCACUGGAGGCCAAAUAUAUGAUACGGCUAUUUGAAUGCCAACUGAAGAUAGGGCUGGCUCUGCAAACAGUACUGAUAUCACUAAGUUUGGCUUUCGGAGAACACGAACACGAUGCUAUAAAAGAGGCCUAUAACAAGCAUCCAGACUUUGAACAUCUUUCAAAAAUGCUGUUGGAGCAUGGAGUUGAGAGGCUGCAUGAAAUGUGCAGCAUUGUUCCUGGCAUACCUGUCAAGCCAAUGCUGGCACAGCCCUCUAAGAAUUUGACAACUGCCUUUGCAAAGGUUGAAAAUGAAGAGUUUCUAUCGGAAUUUAAAUAUGAUGGGGAAAGAGUGCAGAUCCAUCAUUUUGACGGAAAGACAAAGGUAUUUUCAAGAAACUCGGAGGACUUAACAGAGAAGUAUCCAGACAUUUCCUCUCUUAAAAUAAAUGAGAAAUCAUUUGUUUUGGAUGGAGAAGCUGUUGCAUAUGAAGACGGGGCGAUAUUGCCAUUCCAAACAUUGAGUACAAGAAAAAGAAAGAACAUAGAUAAGAUUGAGGUCAAUGUGUGCGUUUUUGUCUUUGAUUUACUGUUUUAUGACUCCCAGGAACUUGUUCACUAUCCCUUUAAGACAAGAAGAGACAUAUUGAAAUCAAAUUUUAAGGAGAUUGAUGAUAAGCUGCAAAUGGCCAACGGAGUCGAGUGUACAAGCAUUGAAGAUGUCGAUUCACACUUCAAAGUUGCCCUCCAAGCCAACUGUGAGGGCGUAAUGCUUAAGCUGCUCCAAUCCAUCUAUAAGCCUUCGCAUAGAAGUAAUAAAUGGGUAAAACUAAAGAAAGAUUAUUUAGAUAAUCUGGGUGACUCUCUUGAUCUUGUUGUUAUUGGAGCAUUCUAUGGAAAAGGAAAGAGAACAGGAAAUUUUGGAGGAUUCCUACUUGCAGUCUACAACGACGAAACUGAUAAGUUUGAAGCAUGCUGUAAGAUUGGCACAGGCUUUAAUGAUGAAGCACUUCAGCUGUACUAUGAUCAGCUGAGCCCAUUAAUAACAGCAAAUCUAUCUAGAGUUGUGUACAAUGAGAGAAGUGUGAAGCCUGAUGUUUGGAUAGAGCCAAAAUAUGUCUGGGAGGUUAAAGCUGCUUCACUGAGCCAUAGUCCUAUAUAUUCAGCUGGAUCAUCGGAAAAGGGCAUAAGUCUUAGGUUUCCAAGGUUUAUCAAAGAAAGACCCGAUAAAAAGCCGGAAGACGCAACAACGAGCAACCAAAUAGUGAGGAUGUACAAUGAAAACAAGAACGCCGAAGAGUCAGAGGAUGACUUUAAUUGA